UGAUUGUUUUUAGAUUUUGUUUUUAUUUUUUGCUUUUUCUACUCCGCUCAUUGUACAUUCAAAUUAUUUUUGAAUUACUUUAGAGACGUUGUCUUUAAGUGAAAGGAGGAGGUUUGACAACUAAGUUUGUUCUAAAAUCAAGACAUCAUUUUUUUUUAAGUAGAGCAGAACUCUUAGCGGAGACAAUCAAUCCGAAGCCUGGAGGGAGCAGAGAAGACAGAGACUCCAUAACUAACCUGCCUAUGCGGGAAAAAAAUCCAAUUUCGUUUCAACGAAUUUGAACGCACCAUCAUGGCAGUUGAGCCGGAAGUUGUUUUCAUUGUAGUUACUGAUAACUUCCGCUAAAAUCAAUUAGCUUUUCCUCAGAAAGAUCCGCUUUUGUCAUUAAGUUCCCCACGGAAAACGUUAAAAUGGCUGAAGUUGAAGAAACUCUGAAGAGGAUCCAGAGCCAGAAAGGAGUUCAGGGAAUCAUCAUUGUCAACUCUGAAGGAAUUCCCGUCAAAUCGACUCUGGACAACCAGAGCACAGUCCAGUACUCCGCACUGAUCCACCAGCUGGUGAUGAAGGCCAGGAGCACCCUGAGAGACAUCGACCCGCAGAACGACCUUACCUUCCUGCGGCUCCGCUCCAAGAAGAACGAGAUCAUGAUCGCUCCAGAUAAGGACUAUUUCCUGAUCGUCAUCCAGAACCCUUCGGCCUGAAACAGCUGCUGAUCGACUCUUCACUCUUCAUGUGCUGUUUAAAUUUUAAAGUCCAAACUGUUUUCUGUUUGCUUUGCUAAAAGAAAAGAUUCUUUAUUAGUUAUGUAAAGACAGGAACUGUUGGUGGAUGAAACAGAAUCUGUCUGAGGUCCGUCAGCUCUGAGAUGAUCCAGAUUGUCCUGCAGACAGAUCUUAUCUUCCUUGUUUGAACAUUCCAGAUCGCUCUAGUCUCUCAGCUUUCCUGAUUCUCUUCUGUCUUUGUGUUUAUUUCAUUGAUGUUGCAAAGAAAGAAAGAAGACAUACACGCCUCUUUAGACGUGUCACACAAAUGUGGACCAGAACAUACGUGUCUGCAGAGCAUAAACAACUCCAGAGGUUCAGUUUGAUGCAAACUUUGGAUUAUUUAUUGUUUUGUCAGAAGAACAAGUUGAAGUAAUAAACAUGUGUGCAGUGAGCUACACUACAUUAACUUCAUUGUGAAAGAAUAAAAAAAUAGAAAUGCUUAA